AUGCUCCAGUGCAUGACAUCGGUGCUGUCGUCGAGCGAUCCUAAUUUGAGCUCAGACAUUUCCGAGAUCGAGCAAUUUCGUGCUCGCCGUCGUCUCCUAUGUCGUGGGCAGACUACUGCAAUGUCCCCUACGGAAAACGAGGAACCGAUCGUCGAAGACGGACGCAUGCGCAAGUUCUCGGCAACAUGGCAGCAGAAACAGCAAUUGGAACAGUGCCACCGUCAGUACGACCAUGCCAUUUGGCCGAGGUCGGCGGGAAUUGAAAUGUGCAUGGGCUACAACGCCUUUGACUUUUCGGCGUCACCUGAAGUCUUUUACGACGAGCCAAUCGAGCCCAUUGUAACUAAAGAUUAUGCUGCUCAAGCUAAACAGCAAGACAUCGGUGAGGUGCAGGAGCUGCACAUGACCGACAUGACCAAAAAGGCAACGUCUAUGGGCUUCGACAGCGCAAGUAUGUGGGAUCGAAUGCUUCCUGAACUUUGCAACCCUAAAGGAGCAAACCAGAUGAUGUAG